AUGCCGUCCAACAAACUUGUGGCGCUGGUGACCGGGGCCAACAGGGGCCUGGGCUUCAACCUGGUGCGGGAGCUGUGCCGGCAGUUCUCCGGGGAUGUGAUGCUCACAGCGAGGGAUACAGGCCGGGGCCAGGCGGCUGUACAGCAGCUGCAGGCCGAGGGCCUGAGUCCCCGCUUCCACCAACUGGACGUCGACGACCUGCAGAGCAUCCGAGCACUGCGCGAUUUCCUGCUCCAGGAAUACGGGGGGAUCGAUGUGCUAGUGAACAACGCGGGCGUCUAUCUGUGUAAUAGUAGUCCCAACUUGUCAUUUCCUGAUGAAGCUGAGAUGACUGUGAAAACAAACUUUCACGGCACCAGAAAUGUCUGCACGGAGCUGCUGCCCCUCGUGAGACCUGGAGGCAGAGUGGUGAAUCUGUCCAGCACAGACGGCCUCCGAGUUUUAAAGGAAUGCAGCCCAGAACUGCAGCAGAAGUUUAAAAGCGACACCAUCACCGAGGAGGAGCUGGUGGAGCUCAUGAACAAGUUUGUGGAAGAUGUGAAGAAUGAGGUUUAUUCCUUAGACGGCUGGCUGACGCCCACCUAUGGCAUGUCCAAGAUCGGCAUCGCGGUGCUGUCCAGCAUCCUGGCCAGGAAGCUCAACGAGCAGAGGAAAGGGGAUGGGAUCCUUCUCAACGCCUGCUGCCCCGGCUGGGUGAAAACCGACAUGGGUGGGCCCAAAGGCUACAAGAGCCCAGAAGAAGGAAUAAAGAUUCUAUUGCAUUUGGCUCUCCUGCCCCCAGAUGCGAAGGGCCCUCAUGGGCAAUUCGUGAUAGAGCGUAAUACUGAAGAUUGGGUGAAGAAAUGUUUAGGCCUCAAGAAGACUGAUGAUUUAAAUAAUUUACCCUGGAAAAUCCACUGGAUCUGA